CGACUGUCACUGCUGGCGAUCGCAAUCUAGAAUAUAUGUGAUCGCGACAUUAGAGGUUUGCUAACGUUUAAAAUGGAUCCAAACUGAGAGCUUCCAAGGUUACCGCUGUAAACCGUAACUAAGGCAACGGAGAAUGACGUGACACGCGGGAGAACAACGGCCCCCAAACAACUUCAGACUGCUUCCUGUUUGGAGUAGUGCUUCUCUUUAACAUGGAUAAACACAACUUGCUAAAAGAAAGACUUGUUGUACCCACCGAGUUCACCUCGCCUGUGGUUUCACGUUCAAUCCAUGAGGAUCUUAUACCUCCAUCGCACUUUGCAUCAAGUCUCCAGCCUGGUGGUGCACACAGUAGCAUUCAAAUCCCAGCGAAACUUCCGCCCAUUUCCUGGAUAAACCCAGGAGUAACAUCAGUACCAUCGGGGGAUGCCAGUCCUGCCAAUCCAUGGCUCGCCAUCGCUCAGGCUCAAAAGGAAAUCUUGGAGCUGAGGAAAGAAAAUCAGAGGAUCAUGAUGCUCCAAGAAAUGGUUUCUGUAGAUCACUUGUCAGACAUUAGGGCAAGAUCUAAAGAGAGAAGUGAGCAGUGGUCCAUAUUGGAGUCAGAGUGGCAGUUGGAGGCAGAAAAGCAUAAGGCUGAAGCUGAAAGGUGGAAGAGGCAGGUGGAGGCCUUGAAAGAGACUGCAGAGAGAUACAGGACAGAGAUGAGAGACAAAGACUCUGCCCUGAACAGACACAUCCAUGAGUCGGAAGCAGUGCGUGAAGAACUAUCUAAGGCCACAACUGAACUCAGCCUGAUCAGAGAGGAGCUCAACCUCUGCAUUGCACAGAAGGAGAAAAUAGGCUUGCAGCUUGAGAGACUGAAAGCAGAGGCUGGGGAUGAAAUUACAAAGCUGAGGAGUGAUGUAGAGAAGAGCAAGAAGGACUCCCAGGAGCUUGCCCUGAAGGCUGAAAUGGACAGGUUGCAGAUCGAAGAGGAGGCCAAACAGCAGUCUCUUAGACUGUCAGAACAACUGGAGGAAAUGCAAAAGAAUAGAGCAGCGGAGCUGCAACAGUUGAAUGCGUCCCAUUGUGCAGAGUUGGGUACAGUAAGAAAAACAAACAGAGAACUACAAGACAACAUCCAAUCUAUGACCUCAGAAGUUCUGCGGCUUAAAAACACACUGAUGGAAGUUUCUGCUGAGAGAGAUGGACUGAAAGAACAUUUAAGCCAAAUGGGACGAGAGUUUGAGACGCAGUCUGCAACACUGCACAGCCUCAGAAAUUACAUUGGCCAGCUUACCCCAGAGAAAGGAGAGAGGGAACGAUUAAUUGAAGCUGUUGAGAGGCUGAACAAAGAGAAAGCUGCUCUUCAGACAACUGCAGAGCUUUUGACAGUCAGACUGAACUCUGUGAAUGAGAUACUUGCCCUUCAAGAAGAGAAGAUGAUGAAGAAGACCUCAGCAGACCCACUUAAGACUGGGUCUGAAGGCCUUGAAGUACUUCAGCUGUGGAGAGAGAAAGUGUUCAAGUUGUGCAUCCAGCUUCGCUCAAAGGACAUCGAGCUGAGAGGAGAGAAGGAUAAACUUCUUUCAAAUGUCAGAUCUGUGGAACAUGAGCUCCAGCAGGAGCUGCACCGAGCUAAUGUGCUCCAACACAGUUUACAGGACAGGGUUGCUGAGCUGGACCUAGAGAGAGUGGAAAAAGAGGCUUUGAAACAAGAACUGGCCAAGGUUCACAAGGAGAAUGCUCAGCUGAAGUCACAGAGCCAGAAAGCAGAGGCUGAACUUCAAACUUUGAAAGAGGCAGUGCUUAGGUUCAGUCAGACAUUUGGAAGCAAGGUGGCAGAAGUGGACGCAGCUAAAGCAAGACUCAACACUUUUUCCCAGAGGCUGACUUUCGCUAAAAGACGAGUGGAGACAAUCCAAUCUUUGAUCAUGAGAAGAGCAGCUCUGCAGAAGGUCGAGCGGGCUUGUAAACAGACAGAACAGACUUCUGACAGCCUCAGAAACCUCCAGAUAGAGCAUGGUCUGGUGUGUGAAGAGAGAGAUAAACUCACCCAAGAGCUGAAAAGAACCCCAGAGCUCAUCGAGAAAGCUCUGACUGACUUGAAAGAACAAUUUGAGAGUAAAGUCAGACUGCAGCAACAGGAGCUGGAGCAAAGGUGGGUGGAGGUCCAACAGGCAGUAGCAGGUCGGGAGGAGGCUGAAGAGAGCCUGAAGCAGAUCCAGGCCCAGCUUGAGGACAGCAAAGUCAACCUGGAGAAACUCCACUGUGAGCUGCUCAGCCUGCAAGAGCGGAGUGAAAAGGGUGAGGCUGCCCUGCAGGAAAAAGUAUCUGAGAUCGAGAACCAGUGUGCUGGGAAGUUGAGAGAGAUGGAGGUUCAAGUCAAUACAGCCAGGAGAGAACACACCAAAGCAGUUAUGACUUUGCGGCAGUUUGAGAGAGAGGCAGCGAGCAAACAAAAUGAGAUGAAAGAAACUCAUCACUGGGAGAGAGAAAGCUCUAAGAAGGGAGUCCUGAAAAAACAACUGAGAGAGACAGAGAAGGACAAAAACCUACUGCCGGUCUCUGAUGCUGAGAGCAGUCUGAUGAGGGAGCAUACAAGAGUUCACACAGCGGUGCUGCCAAACUCUGCUGCUUCAGUGAGACACAGACAAACACCUUCAGAGAGGAGUCGCCCUACAGGAGAAAAAGUCCAUCUACCUGCGGAUGAGCGACUCCUGUGUGUUUUGGAGGAGCUCCAUACUCUCAGUGCUGCAGUGGUAAACAGUUCAGACGACUCUGCAGAGGAAGAAGGACAGAGUGACAGUGUGCACAGCUGAUACCUGAAGAUGAGUCACUGAAGCCAGCGAGCACGUCUUUAGUUUCUACAAAAGGUGGGAAGUAUCGAUGCUUCAGGAGGAAAAGAUAUACAGCCACUGGAAACAAUUUAACUGAGCCAAAGAUCAUAAAACUGGGCAUGACACGUUGCUAAUAAAAGUACAAGGAGAAUAAUGGCAAGCACUGCAUGCAUAAAUCCAAGGUUAUACAAUUCUUUGUAUUCAUCUUAUUGCGAUUAUUGAUAACUCUAGAAAUAAAAGGAGCAGUUCAAUACAAAUACCAAAUCUACAUAAACUCACAUGAUGUGGAAUGACGUGUCCACAUGGUUCAGUUGCUGCAUAAUGUGGUUUUCAUUCUCUAGUUUGGGCAGUAUCACCACCAUUACUACCACCACUAGACAUCUGCACUUAUAUUCUAUUCUGUGCUCCAUACAUGUGUCCAUUCAUUCAGGAAACCCUAAAGAUUAAGGCCACACUUUGGCAAGACGUUGAAUGUGAUAGGUCAACAAAACAAUGUUUGCAUUAUUGUUGCUGCCAAUAAAAAAAAAAAAAAAAUACAAUUUUUGGGAAGUAAAUUAAAAAUGCAUUAGAAUUGUCAGUUCUAGUAAGAUUUUUAUUGAAUGGCAAAGAGAAGCCUGACAGAUGAAGAUAGAGCUACAUCUAUCUAUAUGUGGUGGUCUUUGCUCAGAAUAGUGUUUUAUUUCUUUUGUGCAAUCUAUAAUAAACUAUUUUUAUACUGAAAGUUCA